CUCUUGAGUGCCUGGAGCCGGCGGCGGGCGGCCGCACGUAGCGUGAGGCGGGCGGAGCGGAAGCCGGUGGGCGCAGGUGUGAUCCAGCCCCAGGGCCUUUGCCCUGGCUACUCCUGCCAGCUGAACCCUCCUCCCUCUGGUGUGCCUCACUCAGGAGCAGUGAGUGGCACGAUGGACCUGGCCUACGUCUGUGAGUGGGAGAAGUGGCCCAAGAGCACCCACUGCCCAUCAGUGCCCCUGGCCUGUGCCUGGUCCUGCCGCAACCUCAUUGCCUUCACCACGGACCUCCGCAGCGAUGACCAGGACCUGACCCGCACGAUUCACAUCCUGGACACGGAGCACCCCUGGGAUGUGCACUCCAUCAGCUCCCAGCACCGCGAGGCCAUCACCUGCCUGGAGUGGGACCAGUCAGGCUCCCGGCUCCUCUCCGCUGAUGCCGACGGGCAGAUCAAGUGCUGGAGCAUGGCGGACCACCUGGCCAACAGCUGGGAGAGCUGCCUGGGCAGCAUGGUGGAGGGGGACCCCAUCGUGGCCCUGUCCUGGCUGCACAAUGGUGUGAAGCUGGCGCUGCACGUGGAGAAGUCAGGUGCCUCUAGCUUCGGUGAGAAGUUCUCCCGCGUCAAGUUCUCGCCGUCACUCACGCUGUUUGGUGGCAAGCCCAUGGAGGGCUGGAUCGCAGUGACCGUCAGCGGCCUGGUCACAGUGUCCCUGCUCAAACCCAGCGGGCAGGUGUUGACGUCCACCGAGAGCCUGUGCCGGCUGCGUGGCCGCGUGGCCCUGGCUGACAUCGCCUUCACGGGCGGUGGCAACAUUGUGGUAGCCACCGCAGACGGCAGUAGUGCCUCGCCUGUGCAGUUCUACAAGGUGUGCGUGAGCGUGGUCAGCGAGAAGUGCCGCAUUGACACAGAGAUCCUGCCCUCGCUCUUCAUGCGCUGUACCACGGACCUCAGUCGCAAGGACAAGUUCCCCGCCAUCACCCACCUCAAGUUCCUGGCCCGGGACAUGUCCGAGCAGGUGCUCCUGUGUGCGUCCAGCCCGACGAGCAGCCUCGUGGAGUGCUGGUCCUUGCGCAAGGAGGGGCUCCCCGUGAACAACAUCUUUCAGCAGAUCUCUCCCGCUGUUGGUGACAAACAGCCCAUGAUCCUCAAGUGGCGGAUCCUGUCAGCCACCAAUGACCUGGACCGUGUGUCGGCUGUGGCACUGCCCAAGCUGCCCAUCUCUCUCACCAACACUGACCUCAAGGUGGCCAGCGACACCCAGUUCUACCCCGGCCUUGGGCUGGCCUUGGCCUUCCACGACGGCAGCGUCCACAUAGUGCACCGCCUCUCGCUGCAGACCAUGGUGGUCUUCUACAGCUCCGCGACCCCGCGCUCUGUGGACGAGCCGGCCAUCAAGCGCCCUCGCACCACAGGCCCUGCAGUGCACUUCAAGGCCAUGCAGCUGUCCUGGACUUCCCUGGCCCUCGUGGGCAUCGACAACCACGGGAAGCUAAGCAUGCUGCGCAUCUCGCCCUCCAUGGGCCACGCGCUGGAGGUGUCCCUGGCCCUGCGGCACCUGCUGUUCCUGCUCGAGUACUGCAUGGUGACGGGCUACGACUGGUGGGACAUCCUGCUGCACGUGCAGCCCGGCAUGGUGCAGAGCCUGGUGGAGAAGCUGCAUGAGGAGUACACACGCCAGAGCGCAGCCCUGCAGCAGGUGCUCUCCACCCGGAUCCUGGCCAUGAAGGCCUCACUCUGCAGGCUCUCGCCGUGUACGGUGACACGCGUGUGCGACUACCACACAAAGCUUUUUCUGAUGGCUGUCAGCUCCACGCUCAAGUCUCUGCUGUGUCCACAUUUCCUCAACACCCCUGAUAAGAGCCCUGGCGACCGGCUCACCGAGAUCUGUGCCAAGAUCACUGACGUCGACAUCGACAAGGUUAUGAUCAACCUCAAGACUGAAGAGUUUGUCCUAGACAUGAACACGCUGCAGGCGCUGCAGCAGCUUCUGCAGUGGGUCGGCGACUUUGUGCUUUAUCUCCUGGCUAGCCUGCCCAACCAGGGCUCCCCACUGCGGCCAGGCCACAGCUUCCUGCGGGAUGGUACCUCACUGGGCAUGCUGCGGGAGCUGAUGGUGGUCAUUCGCAUCUGGGGCCUGCUGAAGCCCAGCUGCCUGCCCGUGUACACAGCCACCUCGGACACCCAGGACAGCAUGUCCCUGCUCUUCCGCCUGCUCACCAAGCUCUGGAUCUGUUGCCGAGACGAGGGCCCAUCUAGCGAGCCAGAUGAGGCACUAGUGGACGAGUGCUGCCUGCUUCCCAGCCAGCUGCUGGUCCCCAGCCUGGACUGGCUGCCCGUCAGCGAUGGUCUGGUCAGCCGCCUGCAGCCCAAGCAGCCCCUGCGCCUGUACUUCGGCAGGGCACCCACGCUGCCAGGCAGUGCCACCACUUUGCAGCUGGACAGCCUCGCCAGAGCACCGGGCCAGCCUAAGAUGGACCAUCUGCGGCGGCUGCACCUGGGCGCCUACCCCACAGAGGAGUGCAAGGCCUGCACCAGGUGCGGCUGCGUCACGAUGCUCCGGUCCCCCAACAAGACCACAGCGGUCAAGCAGUGGGAGCAGCGCUGGAUCAAGAACUGCCUGUGUGGGGGGCUCUGGCGGCGGACACCCCCCAGCUGCCCCUGAGCAGUGCUGCCCUGUGGGCUGGGUAGAGACUGGGUGGACUCCAUGGUGCUGGCCCCACAGGGCCCUAGAGCUGGACACCCUUCCUUCCCUGCCUCUUUGGGGCUGUUGGAGGCACGAGGACCCUCACCCCUGUCAGCGGGCCCCUGGGCAUCAGGCCUUGGCUUCUGGGACCGCCCACCCCGCACCUCCCCAGCCAGCGCCCCGAGUGCCUGCCCCCUGCCCCAGGACUAGUGGGCUACAGGCCCUGUCCUGGGGACUUGCUGGCCACCAGCCAGUUGCUGCAGGCCACAUGCUGCCUCCGUUUCCCUCCUGUUCCUCGAAGGCCCUUCCAAGCAGAGGUUGGGACAGGGCUGAGCCGGGCCUUCUGUCCCCGGGCCCGGUUGUUACUGUGGGCCCCUGGACCGCACUGGGGCAUCUCGCUUGCUCUGUCCUGAGGUCAGCCAGCAUUUACGGUCAUCAAAUGGAUGCCCACCAGGCCCUGGUGUCUGUGUUGGCCAGAAGGGGCAGAGGGUGGAGGGAAGGCCUGGAGCCUCCAUCCCUGUGUGUCCUUGCCUUGGGCUCUGCCCACCUGUUCCCCAGCCCCUCCCCCGCACUAGUGCUGCUAGCCCCAGGCCCUGGUUCCCAGUGCUCUGCCUCAUGCCCCAGGGGGUCUGCCUUCUGGCAAGGAACAUUUCUGUCCAUUAUGUGCUCUGGGCCAGCUGCCCCUAGGUGGGCAGGCCCUGCAGACAUGCUGCCUGCUGAGUGAUAAUUGGUUUGCUUGUUUUCUUUCUGGAAGGCUCCAGGAGGGCAGCGGCUAACUCAGCAUGGCUGUCUGCACUUGGUCCUGGCCUGCCCCUCGCCUGGCGGGGUUCCUGAGCCUGGUGCUAGGCAACCCGUGGCUGCAGGACUGCCGGGCGGGCAGGAAUGGGCAGCAGACCCCAUCCCCACCCGCCUCCACCAGAGUGAGGCGACAGCCUCCUGGGCCAAGGUGCGGCCUGGGAUGGGCGACAGUGCCCGGGCCACUGCCUGAUGGACAGAGCCCACAAGAUGACUUGCAUCUGGGUGGCCUUCCACAGGGCCUCCAUCCGGCCCCUCCCUCCAGCAGGCAUCCUCCCUGGCCUGGGCUGCCCAGCAGACACCUGCACAUGAUACCAGGUCCCCUGCAGCGGCCUGGGUGCAGUGGGUGGGGCUGGCAUGGGCCACCCCCUCUCUCCUGGCUCCUCCCCUGCCCACAGUCAGGAGCCCUAAGCCCAAGAGAGUUGAUGUCCCUGGAUGAACAACUGCCAUUUCAUGUUGCUGUGUCAAGCCUGUCUGUCCUGGGCACCUGGCCCAGUAUCGGCCAGGAGGUGGGGUGGGAGAGCACUGUGGGGCCUGACCCCGCGGCUCUUUCUGGAAUGGUCCAUGAGCUAAGACUGAUGGCAGGAUGGGACUAAGGUGCCAGGGAGUCUAGAGCUGGACAGGCUGGCCCUGUCUGUGUUGGGAUUCAGGCCUGUGGCCGCAGGCCACUGGGAACAGGGCCUGUAGCAGUGGCAGCAUGUCUCGGGGUGCUCCCUUGCUGGGAGGAGAGGCGGGCUCUGAAGGCCCCUGGCCCCAGGGCUGUUUUGUAAGACCUCCCAGGCCACCUGGCCCCACGCCACAAGGUACAAGGGAGUUCAGGGGAAGUGAAUCUGGGACCACCAGCCCUUGGCGUGUGUCCAAGAGGGGGCUUGCAGGCUGUGGGCUGCCUUCUCAUUGUCACCAGGGAUUGUCUUCCCAAGUCCCCUGAGGCUGGCAGCUUCCCUGGGAGACCUAGGACUGCCUGCUGCCACCCCAGGCUGGGUUGACGGCUGGGCAGCUGCAGGGCCAGCCACGUUAAUGACAUGCCACACUGUGGGGGAUUUGCCAAGCCCCUCAGGAGCAGGCCCGGACCUCGGCUGUGUCUCUGGCCCCCAUCCCAGGGCUGGCACACAGUAGGUGCUCAACAGAUACUGGUGUAGGGCUAGAAUUCCUGGGUGAACAUUCCAUAGAAUCAGUGAGCCAAGACACGGAUUCCAAUAUGAUCUUCCGUUCCCAGCGCGGUCCGGGACUUCCCCUCAGACCCGGGGUCUUCUUUUCAACAAAAAGGAAACCAUAGGAUCUUCCUUUUAUAUGUCUAGCUUGCUGCUGUGGGCCUCCCUCACUGCUCUUCUGGGUGGCCUGCGCCCGAGUCCUGUCCUGUCACCUCCCCGUUGUCUCUAGAGGUGCAGGCUGUGUAGAGCUGCCAGCUACACGGGGCCCCAGUGGACACCCCAGCUUCUUCAUCAUGCGGCCCUGCAGCAUCCCACGGCUUCAAAGCCCUGCCUCCUCCUGGAGUUUGUGUGACCCCUGAGCCUGUUUCCCGUUUGGGACACGCAGCAGGUCGUGAGGCAACAACUGUAGCGGUCUCUGAGCCACCGCCACAGAACUACCCUGCACGUUUCGCUGGAAAGCGGAGGGCGGGCCGGAUGGGAGCUGGUGGGAGAGGGGUACCCCACCACUCGGCUUCCCGGGAGGGGCCAGGGCGCCACCGUGUGGUCGAUGCCGGAACCACACCCGACAGCUUCCGUGCUGAAAGAGCCUCCGGGAUUGGGGGACGCCCCUGGGCGUCUCCCUGGGGGCAGGUGCUCAAUAAAGAUGCUGGACAUAGAAA